CUUCAGCAUUUGUGAAUAUGUUUUCUGUCUAGGAAAAGGAUGAUUCUGUUGAACAUAUAGGGCAUGGAUUUUUAUGACACAUUCGACUGCCUACCUGUUUUGAUCAAGCCGCUAUCGUUGCGAGAACAGUUAUACUUCAUGCAGACAUCUGCAACUUCUGAGCGGUGUCCAAUUUGAGAGGAUAAGAAUUUUUCUCCUUUUAAGGAGUCCGAGCAGGAGCAGCCAUCCUGCUUUGGUCUCGACUUAUUUUUUCUAGUUUGCGUCUGCAAACCGUUAUUCUCUCGCGCUAUCAUCGCUUUCAUCAGGUUCGCAAUGGAAGAUGGGCAUAGACUAACGGCCAGGCGCAUAUUGGUUCUUGGGAAGAGUGGAUCAGGCAAAAGCACACUGUCACGAGAACUGUCGAGUAUACUGGGCAUCAAGCAUGUGGAGAUUGACGCCAUCUUCUGGCGGCCGAACUGGCAACAAACGCCCAAGGGCGUGAUGCAGACUAUUCUCGAUCGUGAGCUCGAUCCAGCUGGCGAAUGGAUCGCCGAUGGGAAUUUCCGUGCCUUCGCUGAUAUUACCUGGAGGCGGGCAGAGCUCAUUGUCUGGCUGGACUACCCAGUCGUUCCUGUGCUGUGGCGGCUGCUGCUGAGAUCAGCGUGGCGGAUAUGGACGAGGCAGCAGGUAUGUGGAGAGAACUACGAGAACGGAUGGGGGAUCUUAUGGCCGAGUCAUGAACACAACGUGUUGCUGGCAUGUCUGUAUCAGAGGCGAAACCACGCGCGCGAGUACCCGCGUAUGAUCAAGGAGUACGGUGAAGAUAAGGUGAUGGUGUUCCAGGACGAGCGCACCUGCCAGGCUUGGGUGGAGAAGGUGCGACAGCGAGGACAGGAACAGCAGCAAGAGCAGCCUUCUUGAUAGAAUGCGGAAAGGGCGUGUCGCAAAGGACGUGACGGGAAAGCGCGAGGACCUGCGCCCGUUCCUUCCCUUCACUUAGCCACGGCCAUUGCGGAGGUACAGAGCAAGAUCAAGAUCUGGCGCGCGCAAGCAUGGCAGGGCGGUUCCCACGCAGACGUUGGGUUUGAAUCAAGCACAAACUUGUGUCCAACACGUUUCCUGCC